UCAUGGUUCCUUCUGGACUUCAGGUUUGGAGAUGGAUACUCUUUGCUUGCUUUCACUGGCUUUGUGUCUGUCAAGAAACUCCAAGACCGUAAGUAGAAUUGAGUAAUCAGACGUGGCGCCUCGUCCUGGUGUAACAUUCUCUCUGUCAGAGAGCAAAUUUAGAACAGUUUUUCAUCUACCCUUUCUGCAAAUAUUUUUUUCUGUGUAUUUCACCUAUACCUACAUAUUAUUCUUAAUUUUUUGUAUCUUUUUUUUUUUUUUUUUUAAAUGUUUUUAUUGGCCCAUCCACCCUCUUCGGAGGACAAAAUAAAAAUGAUUUUUACAGCUUUUUCUUUUGUUGUUACAUGUACAUUCUACACACAUUUUACAUAUAUGGUGCCACAGGAAAUGCAGAAUGCACUAACACACUGUUAUAUUAACAGUAUUGCACUUUGCCCAGCUAACAGCCAAAACACAUAUCAAGCAACAUUAUGGACUAAACGUUCAAAUCCUGUGGCUGCAGGAUUAUUUGACAAUACUGGUCAAAUUAAAAUCCUACAUCUGUAGUUUCUUGUUUAGAGGUGCCCUCUCAUUUUGUACUGAUUUUCCUGUGUGUUUGUUGCUGUGUGCGUGCGUGUGUAUGUUCUCUGUAGGGUUUACAUGGUAGCCACUCCUGCAGUGAUCCAGGCAGGCUCAGAGGCCAAACUUUGUGCCAGCCUUCUACAGCCCAAUGAGACCCUGGUCAUGACCAUAUCUCUGAUCGCCAAUGGACAGAACAAAACUCUUCUCCAAGAGAGUUCUGACCAAGAGUUUCACCGCUGCUUCCAGUUUCAGGUCAGCCCAGCACUGGGCGACAUCCAGAACCAUUCCAAUAAGAGUGUACUGUACUUCUCAGCUUUGUGAUGCAUCUCUUAAUUUUGUGUGCAAUGCCAGGUUAUUUUAUGGGACAUAUCAAUGUGGUGGCUUACUAUAACUUUUCUGGGAUUCAGGCUAAAAUUUUACAUGAAAAACAUGACAUCAACUACUAAAGAAAAAGCACUUUUAAAACACACUGAUGAAUGAAAAAGUUAUUGAAUCUACACAUCCUUGACGUUGUUAGGAGCACGUUCUUACCAACUGAGCUGCACAGGAUCAUAUGUUAUUUGUACAUUGUCUCCCGGACAGGCCCCUCAUGUGGAGAGUGACGAAGUGCAACAUUUUAAGGUGGAGGUUCGAGGUGAAACGUUUCUAUCGACAGUGGAGAGAAAGGUCAUGAUUAAACCCUACAGUCCGAUGACAUUCGUCCAAACAGAUAAACCAAUCUACAACCCGGGACACACAGGUAAUUUUACACAGAGCCAGUACACAAUUAGUCUGCUUGCUAAGAAACAGCACCAUUAGGUGGUAGCAUGUUUCUAUGAUGGUUUACUCUAUAAUCACGUUACUCCUAAGAGACACUUGAAACAGGACCAUCAGGUGCAGUUAAAGAAAAAAAUCCACUGUGGGUUUACUCAAAAUAUGUACACUGGAGUAUGAACCAACAUACCCCAUUUUACAAGCUGUUCCUCUCCUGGACAUUAUCAUUGGAUUCCAAUUGGCUCAUUCAUUCCCCAUCCUCUCCCCUGUAACUAUUCCCCAGGUCGUUGCUGUAAAUGAGAAUGUGUUCUCAGUCAACUUACAUGGUAAAAUAAGGGUAAAACAAAUAAUAAUGUGAUAUCGAUAGUGUAAAUAUUUUCUGUGAACUCACAGUGCAGUUUUCCUUUAUCUGCAAUUGAUUGAAUUGAGACCUUAAUACCAACAGUGUAAAAUAUUAUCCAGAGUAGCUGUCAAAAGUUUGUCUUGCAAAAUUCUGGGAACUUUCAUGAAAAUCCCUAGUUUUCCAGAAAUCCCGAUUGAAAGAUUCCUGGAAUCUGGGAAUCCUUCAAUGGGGAUUUCUGGAAAACCUGGGAAAGUUAGCAAAAAUAUGCUUCUAAACCUCUCAUUGAGUGCCUGUCUUUGUCUUUUCAUUGUCUUUUUACAGUGCAGUUUAGAGUGAUCACCUUGGAUACAAGUUUUAGCCCUGUCAAUCAGCUGGUGAGUAUCAAAAAUGUGAAACAUUGAAUAUUGAAAACAAUGACCUGUCUCCACUAUUUCAAACAAAAAGACAGAUACUGAAGAAUCUCAAGAAUCACAACGUUAUAUUACUGUCUGAUAGACAUAGCAAUCAGGUAUUAUGUAACCCUAUAUAUGAUAUUGUCCAACCAGCUAAACUCUGCGGCCUUGUGGUUAGAGUGGGAAUGGAUGGGGGGGGGAAUCGAGUCAUACCAAAGACUGUAAAAAUGGGACCCGAUGCCUCUCUGCUUGACACUCAAUAUUAAGGAGAUGGAUUGGGGGUAAGGCCCAGCAAUACAGGCUGCUUCACGCUACAGAAACAGGACACAGGCUCCUGCCCUAUGGACAAGGACAAGGCAUAUUAUGUACAAUAUACUGUAAAUGCUUAUUUGAAUUCAGCAAUCAACUAGCCACCACGUCAUACACAUCUCGUUAGCACUCAAAUGACCAAUAAGACUUUGGAAAUGGGAAAUGUUUUGAACAACUAUUGGGCAAAAUCCCAAAUUCAAAUAUUUAGCCCAUGUUGUCUGUUUGAUAAGGCUACACAAACAGUUGAGACACAUAGCACUCAGGGCAAACAUACUGUAUGUCUGCAGAGGUUUUCUAAGUAAACCUGCGUGGGUGGAUUUGAAGGUCCUCAAACAUUUACCACCAAGACAUGGUGUUUUCCAUUCAUAUACAGUGGGGAAAAAAAGUAUUUAGUCAGCCACCAAUUGUGCAAGUUCUCCCACUUAAAAAGAUGAGAGAGGCCUGUAAUUUUCAUCAUAGGUACACGUCAACUAUGACAGACAAAAUUAGAAAAGAAAUUCCAGAAAAUCACAUUGUAGGAUUUUUAAUGAAUUUAUUUGCAAAUUAUGGUGGAAAAUAAGUAUUUGGUCAAUAACAAAAGUUUCUCAAUACUUUGUUAUAUACCCUUUGUUGGCAAUGACACAGGUCAAACGUUUUCUGUAAGUCUUCACAAGGUUUUCACACACUGUUGCUGGUAUUUUGGCCCAUUCCUCCAUGCAGAUCUCCUCUAGAGCAGUGAUGUUUUGGGGCUGUCGCUGGGCAACACGGAUUUUCAACUCCCUCCAAAGAUUUUCUAUGGGGUUGAGAUCUGGAGACUGGCUAGGCCACUCCAGGACCUUGAAAUGCUUCUUACGAAGCCACUCCUUCGUUGCCCGGGCGGUGUGUUUGGGAUCAUUGUCAUGCUGAAAGACCCAGCCACGUUUCAUCUUCAAUGCCCUUGCUGAUGGAAGGAGGUUUUCACUCAAAAUCUCACGAUACAUGGCCCCAUUCAUUCUUUCCUUUACACGGAUCAGUCGUCCUGGUCCCUUUGCAGAGAAACAGCCCCAAAGCAUGAUGUUUCCACACCCAUGCUUCACAGUAGGUAUGGUGUUCUUUGGAUGCAACUCAGCAUUCUUUGUACUCCAAACACGACGAGUUGAGUUUUUACCAAAAAGUUAUAUUUUGGUUUCAUCUGACCAUAUGACAUUCUCCCAAUCCUCUUCUGGAUCAUCCAUAUGCACUCUAGCAAACUUCAGACGGGCCUGGACAUGUACUGGCUUAAGCAGGGGGACACAGCAGGAUUUGAGUCCCUGGCGGCGUAGUGUGUUACUGAUGGUAGGCUUUGUUACUUUGGUCCCAGCUCUCUGCAGGUCAUUCACUAGGUCCCCCCGUGUGGUUCUGGGAUUUUUGCUCACCGUUCUUGUGAUCAUUUUGACCCCACGGGGUGAGAUCUUGUGUGGAGCCCCAGAUCGAGGGAGAUUAUCAGUGGUGUUGUAUGUCUUCCAUUUCCUAAUAAUUGCUCCCACAGUUGAUUUCUUCAAACCAAGCUGCUUACCUAUUGCAGAUUCAGUCUUCCCAGCCUGGUGCAGGUCUACAAUUUUGUUUCUGGUGUCCUUUGACAGCUCUUUGGUCUUGGCCAUAGUGGAGUUUGGAGUGUGACUGUUUGAGGUUGUGGACAGGUGUAUUUUAUACUGAUAACAAGUUCAAACAGGUGCCAUUAAUACAGGUAACGAGGGGAGGACAGAGGAGCCUCUUAAAGAAGAAGUUACAGGUCUGUGAGAGCCAGAAAUCUUGCUUGUUUGUAGGUGACCAAAUACUUAUUUUCCACCAUAAUUUGCAAAUAAAUUCAUAAAAAAUCGUACAAUGUGAUUUUCUGGAUUUUUUUUUCUCAAUUUGUCUGUCAUAGUUGACGUGUACCUAUGAUGAAAAUUACAGGCAUCUCUCAUCUUUUUAAGUGGGAGAACUUGCACAAUUGGUGGCUGACUAAAUACUUUUUUUCCCCACUGUAGGUCAGAUGUAUGGGAAUUCUUUCCCUGAGAUUGAAUUAAUCUACUGAAUUUACAUUAGAGUCACAGUGCAAAAGCUACAUGUGAUGUUUAACUGAAGAGACAAAGCCAAGCAUCUGCCUAGUUCCUAUUGUUGUUGACAGCUUUGCUCCUCUUAAAAUGUUGGGUAAUUUGCGAGUUAUUCAUAAAACAUUAACCAGUCUUUUGUCUUGCACUUCACAGUACAACAUUGUGGAACUUGAGGUAAGACCCUUAGUCUGUCAAUGUAUGAUGACUGUCACUGUAAAUACUACUACAUUAUAAGACAAUGACUCCACCAGCUAGGUCCUGUAGGUCAUCAUUCAUUUCCACAUGGCAGUUCCCAGAAAACUCCCUAUCAGCUUUAUGUAAUCACAUCUGGGCCACCUUCAGCAAGCAAACUUUGUAACUUUGCAGAUAGAAAUGUCAUGAAUAGAGCUGAUGUGACUCCUUACUCUUCAUAUCAGACAGGCAUGUUUGGCCUACAUAACAUAAUUUAUACCUGAACGUUCCACAAUGUUGUGCCCUGCUAAACGUGUCCCUUGUUCUAUGAAUCAACAGGAUGUUCAUCAGAACAGGAUUGGACAGUGGGUCAAUACUACAUCCAGUGGCAACAUUCUGCAGCUUUCUCACCCCUUGAACUCUGAAGCACCUGUAGGAUCCUAUGCUAUUGUAGUGUGGAUUGGUGAAAACAAAAUAUACCAUCACUUCAAGGUAGAAAAGUAUGGUAAGUUGAGCUUCUUUAUUGGACCUUUCAUGCUAGGUAAUAUUAUGGAUCUGGCAGUUGAGUCAAUGCAUCACAAUCCUGGAACAUUCACGAGAUAACUGCCAUUCUUUUAUUUCUAGUUUUGCCAAAGUUUGAAAUCAAAAUGAACCUCACCGAUGAGAUCAGCAUUGUUCAAGAGGAGUAUAAAGUAGAAGUGUGUGCAAUGUGAGUCAACACUAUCGCUGUUUUGAAAUGCACUAUAGUUACAAGACAAUGUGUAAUUCCACUAAAUGUCACUGUCUAAUGAAUCGCAUUACGCUAAUGCAGACCUUGAUUCAAAUACUAUUUUCAGUAUUUUAAUUACUUUUACAUACAUUUCAAAGUACGUUUAUUUGGAAAUGUUUCUUUGAAAAUAUUAGUAAUUCAGUAUUGGAAAGUAUUUGUAAAGACUUAAAUACAAAUAUUUGAAUACUCCAUGCAUUUCAACCCAGGUCUGUUUGGUCCCAGGGGUAUUUGGAAACAAGUAUUUGAAAAUGUCAAAUAGUAGGCUAUCUAUAGGAAAUGAUUUGAAAAUAUAUUUCAAAUAGAAGUUGUUGAUUGGGCCAUAUUCUUUGAAAAUACUCAAAUACACAGAAAAUAUGUAUUUAAAAUACAAAUACUUAAAUAUGCAUGUACUUGAACCAAGGUCUGUGCUAAUGACAAAUACUAAUUGAAGACCUACAAUGCUACUGCUCAAUGUCAUAAAUUGCUUCUGUGAGUACCCUGAGAAUUAAAAAGUUUGGGACAGUGGUAUUUACAUGAACAGCUGGGCCUGUAUUCAUAAAGCAUCUCAAAAUAGGAUUGCUGACCUACGAUCAGGUCUCCCCUGUCCAUGCGACCUUGUUCAUUAUGAUCAAAAAGUUUACACUGAUCCUAUAUCAGCACUCAUACACUGAGAGGAGAUGAUUGUGGACUUCAGGAAACAGCAGAGGGUGCACCCCCCUAUCCACAUCGACGGGACCGCAGUGGAGAAGGUGGAAAGCUUCAAGUUCCUUGGCGUACACAUCACUGACAAACUGAAAUGGUCCACCCACACAGACAGUGACGUGAAGAAGGCGCAACAGAGACUCUUCAACCUCAGGAGGCUGAAGAAAGUUGUCUUGGCACCUAAAACCCUCACAAACUUUUACAGAUGCACAAUUGAGAGCAUCCUGUCGGGCUGUAUCAUCGCCUGGUACAGCAACUGCACCACCCGCAACCGCAGGGCUCUCCAGAGGGUGGUGCGGUCUGCUGAACGCAUUACCGGGGGCAAACUACCCACCCUCCAAGACACCUACAGCACCCGAUGUCACAGGAAGGCCAAAAAGAUCAUCAAGGACAUCAACCACCCGAGCCACUGCCUGUUCACCACACUAUCAUCCAGAAGGCGAGGUCAGUACAGGUGCAUCAAAGCUGGGAACGAGAGAAUGAAAAACAGCUUCUAUCUUAAGGCCAUCAGACUGUUAAAUAGCCAUCACUAGCACAUUAGAGGCUGCUGCUGCCUAUUAUAAUCACUGGCCACUUUAAGAAAUGGAACACUAGUCACUUUAAUAAUGUUUACAUAUCUUGCACUACUCAUCUCAUAUGUAUAUACUGUAUUCUAUUCUAUAAUAUUAUACUGUAUCUUAGUCCAUGCCGCUCUGUCAUUGCUUGUCCAUAUAUGUAUAUAUUCUUAAAUUCCAUUCCUUACUAGAUUUUGUGUAUUGGGUAUAUGCUGUGAAAUUGUUAGAUCUUACUUGUUAGAUAUUACUGCACUGUCGGAGCUAGAAGCACAAGCAUUUCUCUACACCCGCAAUAACAUCUGCAUUUGAUUUCAUUUGAUUUGUUAGGCUUUAUGAAUACAGGUCCAUUGGCAAUGUUGAAAAAACUUGACUUAAAGAAAGCCUGCAGGAAUAAUGCAUUAUAAAUUGUUCUAAGCAUGCAUGUAUGAGCCUUUGUAAUGUCUCAUAUGAGGUUUAUAAUAUACUAUGUAUCUCUAAGUAGGAAAUAUACAGUUGAAGUCGGAACAUACACCUUAGCCAAAUACAUUUAAACUCCGUUUUUCACAAUUCCUGACAUUUAAUCCUAGUAACAAUUCCCUGUCUUAGGUCAGUUAGGAUCACCACUUUAUUUUAAGAAUGUGAAAUGUCAGAAUAAUAGUAGAGAGAAUGAUUUAUUUCAGCUUUUAUUUAUUUCAUCACAUUCCCAGUGGGUCAGAAGUUUGCAUACACUCAAUUAGUAUUUGGUAGCAUUGCCUUUAAAUUGUUUAACUUGGGUCAAACGUUUCGGGUAGCCUACCACAAGCUUCCCACAAUGAAUUGGGCGAAUUUUGGCCCAUUCCUCCUGACAGAGCUGGAGUAACUGAGUCAGGUUUGUAGGCCUCCUUGCUCGCACAGGCUUUUUCAGUUCUGCCCACAAAUGUUCUAUAGGAUUGAGGUCAGGGCUUUGUGAUGGCCACUCCAAUACCUUGACUUUGUUGUCCUUAAGCCAUUUUGCCACAACUUUGGAAGUAUGCUUGGGGUCAUUGUCCAUUUGGAAGACCCAUUUGCGACCAAGCUUUAACUUCCUGACUGAUGUCUUGAGAUGUUGCUUCAAUAUAUGCACAUAAUUUUCCUUCCUCAUGAUGCCAUCUAUUUUGUGAAGUGCACCAGUCCCUCCUGCAGCAAAGCACCCCCACAGCAUGAUGCUGCCACCCCCGUGCUUCACGGUUGGGAUGGUGUUCUUCGGCUUGCAAGCACCUCCCUUUUUCCUCCAUACAUAACGAUGGUCAUUAUGGUCAAACAGUUCUAUUUUUGUGUCAUCAGACCAGAGGACAUUUCUCCAUGUGCAGUUGCAAACUGUAGUCUGGCUUUUUUAUGGUGGUUUUGGAGCAGUCGCUUCAUUGAUAUAGGACUCGUUUUACUGUGGAUAUAGAUACUUUUGUACCUGUUUCCUCCAGCAUCUUCACAAGGUCCUUUGCUGUUGUUCUGGGAUUGAUUUGCACUUUUCGCAACAAAGUACGUUCAUCUCUAGGAGAAAGUAUGACAGCUGCAUGGUCCCAUGGUGUUUAUACUUGCGUACUAUUGUUUGUACAGAUGAAUGUGGUACCUUCAGGCAUUUGGAAAUUGCUCCCAAGGAUGAACCAGACUUGUGGAGGUCUACACUUUUUUUUCUGAGGUCUUGGCCGAUUUCUUUUGAUUGUCCCAUGGUGUCAAGCAAAAAGGCACUGAGUUUGCAGGUAGGCCUUGAAAUACAUCCACAGGUACACCUACAAUUGACUCAAAUGAUGUAAAUUGGCCUAUCAGAAGCUUCUAAAGCCAUGACAUCAUUUUCUGGAAUUUUCCAAGCUGUUUAAAGGCACAGUCAACUUAGUGUAUGUAAACUUCUAACCCACUGGAAUUGUGAUACAGUGAAUUAUAAGUGAAAUAAUCUGUCUGUAAACAACUGUUGGAAAAAUGACUUGUGUCAUGCACAAAGUAGAUGUCCUAACCGACUUGCCAAAACUAUAGUUUGUUAACAAGAAAUUUGUGGAGUGGUUGAAAAUCGAGUUUUAAUGACUCCAACCUAAGUGUAUGUAAACUUCCGACUUAAUAAUAAUAAUAUGCCAUUUAGCAGACGCUUUUAUCCAAAGCGACUUACAGUCAUGUGUGCAUACAUUUUUACUUAUGGGUGGCUUGAACCCACUACCCUGGCGUUACAAGCACCAUGCUCUACCAAUUGAGCUACAGAGGACCACAACAACUGUAUGAUGUUUUAUGUUUUUGAUGUGUUUUAUUAUUACAUAAAAUCAGAUACACGUAUGGACAACCUGUACCUGGUAAAGCAGAGGUAGAGCUGUGCCGACUCUUAGAGCACAAUAUACCAAUGAGAUUUGAUGAGAAAAGUCAACAAGGAGUUCCUGAUUAUACACCCCCCUGCCAUAAGGAGUCAAUAGAGGUAUGUAUGUUUUCCUGAAGAAACAAUAUAAUUGUUUUUACCAUGAUAUUACAUUUGAAUGUGAUGUGGUUACAUUUAUUUAAAUCAUUUCUUAAUGUGUUUGGUUCUGCUUGCUUUUCCCAGAUGGACCAAACUGGCUGUGCUUCUCAUGUCUUCAACAUGUCUAUUUUCACAAUGAAUACUGGCCAGAAAAUGCUCAGAGACAGGCUUAGUUUUAACACAAAAGUAGAAGAGGAGGGGACAGGCAAGUCAUUUAUCACAAGAAUUUGGAGAUGGGAAAAGUGCUGACACCAUUUGCCUGAAGUCAAAUGAAAACAUUUUUUUUUUUUAUUGAGAGUGAAUGGCAUGAUGUCAAUGUUUAAUUAGAUCAUGAAGAUUGGCAAGACCUGUGUGUUUGACCUUCGUUGCUACAUCAUAAUAUUUUAUUCCGCUUUUUUUUUAUUGUAUUUUGUUUUUAAUCAUGUUUUUAAUAUCUUGAGUAAGCUGCACUGGAAUUCAGUUUCUACAUUGUGAACUACCAUUGUGCAUCAUGGUGACGUGUAGUUGUGAAAUAAACCAUCCUAUUUUAAUUUGUUUUCCUUUGUCAGGUAUUACACAGUCAAAGGAAAAACACAUAACGCUCUCUUAUGCGAUUGGAAAACUCACAUUUGUCAACACACCCAAAAUCUAUGAGCAUGGAUCAAUUAUCGAGGGCAAGGUAAGUCCAAAUACAGUGAUAUUGUUUCUUGUACUUUGUUGAAUUGUGGAUGCCAUUUGUUCUUUGACACUCCUGUUUACUUAACUACCAAUGGUGGGUAACAGUGACACAUAGCAUCACUUCAUACAACUUUCCCCACUUUUUCCUCAGAUAAACGUUGUUCACUUCAACAACACACCUAUCUCUGACAUGUUAGUCUACCUGUUGGAGAAGAAAGGCAGGUCCUCACAUCGUCUACAGAACCUAACCACGGACAGUCAUGGUAUUGCCAGUUUCUCCCUCAACACAACCAGUAUGCCCAAAGAGAAUAUUAAACUCAUAGUAAGUAUGAGGUUUUGAAUGUCCUUCUAGGUUUUGAAAGACUCUGAAGACUCUUUAUGCUCAACCCUAAAUCACCCCCUUGACCCUACGCCCUAGGGCCUAUCAUGCUCUUGUGGAGAUCUUAUAAGAUUCCAUUGGUAUAAUAAGCAAUAUGGUGAAACUUCCACCUAGCCUAUCAGAGGGCAAGGUGGAGCUCUAAGGGUCGAUUUGGGAUUGGACCUUUAGUUAUACUCUCUCUUCCCUCUGUUGCUUUCCAGGUAAGCAACACACCACAAGUGGAGAACACUAGAGACAGGGUCCCCUAUUUCAACAGAGGGCAAACUCAUACUCUCACUGAUCCAGCCCACUGCACCUCACAGUAAAACGUCCAGCUCUCUGGAUAUUCAGAAGAUGGAGAAACCACUGGCAUGUUGGGAGGAAGUGUCAAUCACCAUACAGUACGCCAUCGUAGGGGAGACCGUCCCAAAGGGCUCUGUGGAUGUCAUCUACCUGGUGAGUAGAACCAGGAGCAAUUUGUGACAACCUGCUAACCCAGGGUGCGUCCAAAAUAGAACCCUAUUCUCUAGUGCACUACUUUUGAACAUGGUCAUUUCGGACAUAGUCCCAGCCUCUCAUCUUUUUUUAUUUUUUUUAUUUAACCUUUAUUUAACCAGAGGAAGGGUGUCUCUAUACCAUAUCAAUGAUGUCGCGCUUGCUGCUGGUGACGCUCGGAUCCACCUCUAUGCGGACGACACCAUUUUGUAUACAUCUGGACCUUCAUUGGACAUUGUGUUAACAAACCUCCAAACGAGCUUCAACACCAUACAACACUCCUUCAGUAGCCUCCAAAUAGUAAAACUAAAUGCAUGCUCUUCAACCGAACGCUGCUUGCACCCGCCCACCCGACUAGAAUCACUACCUAGAUUGGGACAACUACGAAUACAUUUACAUACAUUUACAUUUACUGUCAUUUAGCGACGCUCUUAUCCAGAGCGACUUACAAAUAGGUGAUUCACCUUAUAGCCAGUGGGAUAACCACUUUACAAUGUUUUUUUUUUUUGGGGGGGGGGUUGGGGUAAGGGGGGGGGGUAUAAUGAAUUACUUUAUCCUAUCCCAGGUAUUCCUAAAGAGGUGGGGUUUCAAAUGUCUCCGAAGGUGGUGAGUGACUCCGCUGUCCUGGCGUCGUGAUGGAGCUUGUUCCACCAUUGGGGUGCCCAGAGCAGCAAAACAGUUUGACUGGGCUGAGCUGGAACUAUGCUUCGCCAGAGGUAGGGUAGCCAGCAGGCCAGGGUGAUGAACCAGUGCCCCGUUUUGGGUUGUCGGACUGAUCAGAGCCUGAAGGUACGAGGUGCCGUUCCCCUCACAGCUCCGAUCGGCAAGCACCAUGGUCUUGUAGCAGAUGCGAGCUUCAACUGGAAGCCAGUGGAGUGUGCGGAGGAGCGGGGUGACGUGAGAGAACUUGGGAAGGUUAAACACCAGACUGGGCUGCGGCAUUCUGGAUGAGUUGUAGGGGUUUAAUGGCACAGGCAGGGAGCCCGGCCAACAGCGAGUUGCAGGUAAUCCAGACGGGAGAUGACAAGUGCCUGGAUUAGGACCUGAGCCGCUUCCUGUGUAAGGCAGGGUCGUACUCUCUGAAUGUUGUAGAGCAUGAACCUACAGGAUCGGGUCACCGCCUUGAUGUUAGCGGAGAACGACAGGGUGUUGUCCAGGGUCACGCCAAGGCUCUUCGCACUCUGGGAGGAGGACACAACGGAGUUGUCAACCGUGAUGGCGAGAUCAUGGAACAGGCAGUCCUUCCCCAGGAGGAAGAGCAGCUCCGUCUUGCCAAGGUUCAGCUUGAGGUGGUGAUCCGUCAUCCAUACUGAUAUGUCUGCCAGACAUGCAGAGAUGCGAUUCGCCACCUGGUUAUCAGAAGGGGGAAAGGAGAAGAUGAGUUGUGUGUCGUCAGCGUAGCAAUGAUAGGAGAGGCCAUGUGAGGAUAUGACAGAGCCAAGUGACUUGGUGUAUAGCGAUAAUAGGAGAGGGCCUAGAACUGAGCCCUGGGGGACACCAGUGGGGAGAGCACGUGGUGCGGAGACAGCUUCUCGCCACGCCACUUGGUAGGAGCGACCGGUCAGGUAGGACGCAAUCCAAGAGUGAGCCGCGCCGGAGAUGCCCAGCUCGGAGAGGGUGGAGAGGAGGAUCUGAUGGUUCACAGUAUCAAAGGCAGCAGACAGGUCUAGAAGGACAAGAGCAGAGGAGAGAGAGUUAGCAUUAGCAGUGUGGAGAGCCUCCGUGACACAGAGAAGAGCAGUCUCAGUUGAAUGACCAGUCUUGAAACCUGACUGGUUUGGAUCAAGAAGGUCAUUCUGAGAGAGAUAGCAAGAGAGUUGGCUAAAGACGGCACGCUCAAUGGUUUUGGAGAGAAAAGAAAGAAGGGAUACUGGUCUGUAGUUGUUGACAUCAGAGGGAUCGAGUGUUGGUUUUUUGAGAAGGGGUGCAACUCUCGCUCUCUUGAAGACGGAAGGGACAUAGCCAGCGGUCAAGGAUGAGUUGAUCAGCGAGGUGAGGUAAGGGAGAAGGUCACCGGAGAUGGUCUGGAGAAGAGAGGAGGGGAUAGGGUCAAGCGGGCAGGUUGUUGGGCGGCCUGCCAUCACAAGUCGCAAGAUUUUAUCUGGAGAGAGAGGGGAGAAAGAAGUCAAAGCAUAGGGUAGGGCAGUGUGAGCAGGACCAGCAGUGUCAUUUGACUUAACAAACGAGGAUCGGAUGUCGUCAACCUUCUUUUCAAAAUGGUUGAUGAAGUCAUCCACAGAGAGGGAGGAGGGGGGGGGGGGGGGGGGGGAUUCAGCAGGGAGGAGAAUGUGGCAAAGAGCUUCCUAGGGUUAGAGGCAGAUGCUUGGAAUUUAGAGUGGUAGAAAGUGGCCUUAGCAGCAGAAACAGAUGAAGAAAAUGUAGAGAGGAGGGAGUGAAAAGAUGCCAGGUCCGCAGGGAGUCUAGUUUUCUUCCAUUUCCGCUCAGCUGCCCGGAGCUCUGUUCUGUGAGCUCGCAAUGAGUCAUCAAGCCACGGAGCUGGAGGGGAGGACCGAGCCGGCCGGGAGGAUAGGGGACAUAGAGAGUCAAAGGAUGCAGAAAGGGAGGAGAGGAGGGUUGAGGAGGCAGAAUCAGGAGAUUGGAGGGAGAAGGAUUGAGCAGAGGGAAGAGAUCAUAGGAUGGAAGAGGAGAGAGUAGCGGGAGAGAGAGAUCGAAGGUUGCGAUGGCGCAUUACCAUCUGUGUAGGGGCAGAGUGAGUAGUGUUGGAGGAGAGGGAGAGAGAAAAGGAUACAAAGUAGUGGUCGGAGACUUGGAGGGGAGUUGCAGUGAGAUUAGUAGAACAACAGCAUCUAGUAAAGAUGAGGUCAAGCGUAUUGCCUGCCUUGUGAGUAGGGGGGGACGAUGAGAGGGUGAGGUCAAAAGAGGAGAGGAGUGGAAAGAAGGAGGCAGAGAGAAAUGAGUCAAAUGUAGACGUAGGGAGGUUGAAAUCCCCCAGAACUGUGAGGGGUGAGCCAUCCUCAGGAAAGGAACUUAUCAAGGCGUCAAGCUCAUUGAUGAACUCUCCAAGGGAACCUGGAGGGCGAUAGAUGACAAGGAUAUUAAGCUUAAAUGGGCUAGUGACUGUGACAGCAUGGAAUUCAAAUGAGGAGAUAGACAGAUGGGUCAGGGGAAAAAUUGAGAAUGUCCACUUGGGAGAGAUGAGGAUUCCUGUGCCACCACCCCGCUGACCAGAUGCCCCUUCGGGGUAUGCGAGAACACAUGGUCAGACGAGGAGAGAGUAGCAGGAGUAGCAGUGUUUUCAGUGGUAAUCCAUGUUUCCGUCAGCGCCAAGAAGUCGAGGGACUGGAGGGUAGCAUAGGCUGAGAUGAACUUUGCCUUGUUGGCAGCAGAACGGCAGUUCCAGAGGCUGCCUGAGACCUGGAACUCCACGUGGGUCGUGCGAGCAGGGACCACCAGGUUAGAGAGGCAGCAGCCACGCGGUGUGAGGCGUUUGUGUAGCCUGUGCGGAGAGGAGAGAACAGGGAUAGGCAGAGGCAUAGUUGACAGGCUGCAGCAGAUGGCUACAAUAAUGCAGAGGAGAUCGGAAUGAAAUGAACUAAACAUCUGGGAAAGGAGAGAGCGGGGCCUCCCUCAACACAACUCCCAAAUAUAACUCUCCCAACUUCAACCUCAGAAACUAUAAUUGUUGUUAACUACAGCGGUUCAAUGUUUUCUAGGAAUAGACUAACUUAGUUUAUUCAGCUAGCUAACUUGGUGCAGUAUUAUUCAGUGAAAAUCGUCCGGGCACCUCGUCAUAAGACGCCACAGCCAGCUAGCAUGCCGGACUCCAACAACACGGUUUAACGCCAAUACUCGGCCACAACAAACCACCAGUGUAUCAACACGCAAGCAGAUCGUUCGUGUCCGUCUCUAACGUUGUGGGUUAGUCCCGACAGCUUGAGCGAGUCCGUCGUCAACUUAUUCAGCCAGUUAGUUAGCUAGAACAGUUAGCAAACUAGCUAGCCAUUGCUUUCAGACAAAGAAGAACCCCUCCUUUCACGGUACGAACACACAGAGAGAGCCAAACUAACGUUAACUAGUCACCCAUGUCCCGAAUUCCUUGAACGACUCGGGCUAUCAAUAUGUAAAAAACAAAACACAGAUGUAGGUUAUGACUUACCCCUAGCAGCUACUGUUAGCUAGCCAAGUGCAAAGCUAGCCACUGAAUUGACUCAGCCAGUUCGCGUCUGUUCGCUCGGUCGUUCCAGCUAUUGUUUACUAGUACCUAUCCAGGUAGCAACAAGCUAACUAAAUUUCAAGCACAGUAGCCACUUGCUACCUAACGUUAACGGUUCAGACAAUGAGGUUAGAAAACAGCUGAAUGGUAGGCAAUUAUUGUAUGUAAUCAUUGUAGGCAGCCAGCUGGCGUAAUUACAGGCACUCUCAGGCGUGAAACAACUAUACCGUUGCUAAUAGCUACUCGCCAGCUAGUCCAGGUGGUGGGUUAGCUAGCUAGCUUCGUGCUACACCCGGCACAGCCGAAUACAAUACUAACCUACAAUAAUUACAUACAAAAACCCACGAUAACUACCUACAAUACCUAACUACAAUCUAAAUACAUAGCUUAAGCCUUACUCGACAAAGCCCAAGCUAUGUAUAAAGCCAAGCUUACCCGACGCCAAGCUUACCCGACGACCUCCUCCUAGUGCUUACGGCUCAAUUUAACACCGGACCACAGUUCCCCCAACAAUCAAGAAGGGAUAGAAUCCUUUAAGAAGAUAGUUGAAGAUUACCACCGUGCUCAACCUAACAGUACCAAAUACCUAGGUGUCUGGUUAGACUGUAAACUCUCCUUCCAGACUCACAUUAAGCAUCUCCAAUCAAAAGUUAGAUCUAGAAUCGGCUUCCUAUUUCGCAACAAAGCCUCCUUCACUCAUGCUGCCAAACAUGCCCUCGUAAAACGGACUAUCCUACCGAUCCUUGACUUUGGCGAUGUCAUUUACAAAAUAGCCUCCAACACUCUACUCAGAAAAUUGGAUGUAGUCACCAAAGCCCCAUAUACUACUCACCAUUGUGACCUGUACGCUCUUGUUGGCUGGCCCUCACUACAUAUUCGUCGCCAAACCCACUGGCUCCAGGUCAUCUAUAAAUCACUGCUAGGCAAAUCCCUGCCUUAUCUUAGCUCACUGGUCACCAUAACAACACCCACCCAUAGUCUGAGCUCCAGCAGGUAUAUCUCACUGGUCAUCCCCAAAGCCAACACCUUCUUUGGCCACCAUUCCUUCCAGUUCUCUGCUGCCAAUGACUGGAACGAACUGAAAAAAUCUCUGAAGCUGGAGACUCUUAUCUCCCUCAUUAACUUUAAGCAUCAGUUGUCAGAGCAGCUUACCGAUCACUGCACCUGUACACAGCCUUUCUGAAAUUAGCCCACCCAACUACCUCAUCCCCAUAUUGUUUUUUAUUUUGCGAAUUUGCACCCCAGUAUCUCUAUUUGCACAUCAUCUUUUGCACAUCUAUCAUUCCAGUGUUAAUACGAAAUUGCACUAUGGCCUAUUUAUUGCCUUACCUCCAUAACUUACUACAUUCGCACACACUGUAUAUAUAUUUUCUGUUGUAUUUUUGACUUUAUGUCUCAACUGGCUUACCUGGUUAAAUAAAGGUGAAAAAAAUAUAUAUAUAUUUUAAAAAAUCCAACACCAAUACUCCUCAUCAUCUCCUUCUUGCUGUCUUGAUGGGAUAACUGUUUUUCCCUUUCCCUCCUCCAGGCCUUAUCCAGAGGGGUGAUAGUUCAGCAUGGACAUAUGAAGGUUACUGUGCAGCAUGGGAGUCCUGGUAUGGAAGAUUCAUUAAGUAAUUAUGAAUGUACUGGAAGGUGCUUGAUGACAACGACAGUGAGUACGGUUACAUGCGCACAAUAAUGUGAUUAUUGUGGAUAGUCAGAUUAAUAUAAUACUUCGAUUAAAACGUUUACAUGCUUUGCAAGAAGAACAAUUUCCCUAAUAAUCCUGUUUACAUUGAUGUCUGAAAUAAUAAUAAUAAUAUGCCAUUUAGCAGACACUUUUAUCCAAAGCGACUUACAGUCAUGCGUGCAUACAUUUUGUGUAUGGGUGGUCCUGGGUUUCGAACCCACUACCCUGGCGUUAGAAGCGCCAUGCUCUACCCUGCUGAGCUACAGAGGACCACGAAAUCAAGCUACUGAUGGCACUCUGAUGAAUGCAGAAAUCGUCAAACAAAAUUGACGUUCUACCACAGCGACUAUGCUAUUUUUGGGAAGCUUAUUUGAUUCUGAGGUCGGAAAUAUAAAGUUUGUUUGUGAAAACUACUUUUAAGACACAUACAGUGCAUUCGGAAAGUUUUCAGACCCCUUGACUUUUUCCACAUUUUGUUACGUUACAGCCUUAUUCUAAAAUGGAUUAAAUAAAAUAAAUAUAAAAUCCUCAUUAAUCUACACACAAUACCCCAUAAUGACAAAGAGAAAACAGAUUUUUUUUUAAAGUUUGCAAAUGUAUAAAAAUACAUAGCCAGUUUUUUUUGUUUUUUGUCUAUUUUGUAUAUAUUUCUCAUUUUUCAUUCUUUAAAUAAAUAUACUUUCCUGUAACCCGCCUCACCCAACGUGGAAAGGAUUCUAUUAUUUAUUUAUAACUUUUAUCAAGAAACUAGUCUAGCUGCAACCAAAUGGCUACUUGCUAUUAGCCACCGUUAGCGUCUUCACCAUUGUCCGUGGCCUGCACUACACACCAGCCAGCUCUAGCUCUAGCCUGGACAAUUUGUCGACCCAGAGCAUAUCGGAUUUUCUGCCAGAAUCACUGGACCCUAGCGCCGGAUCAUCGCAACCAGCUAGCUGCAACCAAAUGGCUGUUGUCGUUGGCUAAUUACCAUUGCCCCUUAGCAAGCACCAGUUAGCCUUGAGCUAGCCGCGAGCCAGGCCCAUCUCCCGGCUAUCUACGUACCUCUCUGUCAACCUGACGGGACCUCCGAGUGUUGACACGGAGCCCCGCCGAUCCAACACGACUGGUUUGCCGACGAAAUCGUCUGAUGUGGUUUCAACAGGCUUCCCGUUACGACGUCGACCACGAAGAUCCAUCUGCUUGCACACGCAUGCCGGGCCUCUUGCUCGCCAGUGCUGUAGCAGCCCCCGAACUACCUCCGAACUCUCCAAUUGCUGUUCACCGGACAUUAUGAUAACUCAGCUAUACAGCUGAUACCUGCUGGACUGUUCCUUUAUUUGGUACCGCAUCCUGUUUAUGUUUAGCCUCAGCCCAAACUUUCUCGCCAUUGCCAGCUGUUGUCUUAGCUCACUCGAAUAACACCUGUGAUUUCUUUAUGCCUCUCUCCCAUGUCAAUAUGCCUUGCUUAUUGCUGUUUCGGUUAUUUCUUAUUGUACUAUUUCACUGUAGAGCCCCCAGCCCAGCUCAACCUGCCUUAGACAGCUCCUUUGUCCCACCCCCCAUACACACGGAGACCGACUCAAUCGGUGCCUCCAGUGAUGCUAUCUCUUUCAUCGUUACCCAACGCUUAGGUUUACCUCCACUGUACUCAUAUCCUUCCAUAUCCUUGUCUGUACAUGAUGCCCUGAAUCUUUCUACAACGCCCGGAAAUCUGCCCCUUUUUUUCUCUGUACCCAACGCACUAGAAGACCAGUUCUUAAAGCAUUUAGCCGUAUCCUUAUUCUACUCCUCCUCUGUUCGUCUGGUGAUGUAGAGGUUAACACAGGCCCUGGAGCCCCCAGUAUCACUCCUACUCCCCAAGUGUAAUCAUUUGUUGACUUCUGUAACCGUAAAAGCCUUGGUUUUUUGCACGUUAACAUCCGAAGCCUCCUCCCUAAGUUUGAGUUAUUCACUGCGUUAGCACACUCCGCCAACCCUGAUGUUCUAGCAGUGUCUGAACCCUGGCUUAGUAAGGCCACCAAAACUGCAGAAAUGUCCAUCCCCAACUACAACAUUUUUUGUCUCGAUAGAACUGCCAAAGGGGGGUGGUGUUGCAAUCUACUGUAGAGAUAGCCUGCAGAGCUCUAUCAUACUAUCCAGGUCUGCGCCCAAACAGUUUGAGCUUCUACUUCUAAAAAUCCACCUUUCCAGAAAUAAGUCUCUCACUGUUGCCGCUUGCUACAGACCCCCCUCAGCCCCGAGCUGUGCCCUGGACACCAUAUGUGAACUGAUCGCCCCCCAUCUAUCCUCAGAUUAGUUCGUACUGCUUGGUGACCUAAACUGGGAUAUGCUUAACACCCCAGCCUACCUACAAUCUAAACUAGAUGCCCUCAAUCUCACACAAAUUAUCAACGAACCUACCAGGUACAACCCAAAAUCUGUAAACAUAGGCACCCUCAUAGAUAUAAUCCUGACAAAUGUACCCUCUAAAUACACCUCUGCUGUCUUCAACCAGGAUCUCAGCGAUCACUGCCUUAUUGCCUGCGUCUGUAAUGGCUCCGUGGUCAAACGACCACCCCUCAUCACUGUCAAACGCUCCCUAAAACACUUUAGCGAGCAGGCCUUUCUAAUUGACCUGGCCCGGGUAUCCUGGAUAGAAAUUGACCUCAUUCCGCCAGUAGAGGAUGCCUGGUUGUUCUUUAAAAGUGCUUUCAUCUCAAUCUUAAAUAAGCAUGCCCCAUUCAAAAAAUUCAGAACUAAGAACAGAUAUAGCCCCUGGUUCUCCUCAGACUUGACUGCCCUUGACCAGCACAAAAACAUCCUGUGGCGUACUUCAUUAGCAUGGAACAGCUCCUGCGAUAUGCAACUUUUCAGGGAAGUCAGGAACCAAUAUACACAAUCAGUUAGGAAAGCAAAGGCUAGCUUUUUCAAACAGAAAUUUGCAUCCUGUAGCACUAACUCCAAAAAGUUUUGGGACAUUGCAAAGUCCAUGGAGAAUAAGAGCACCUCCUCCCAACUGCCCACUGCACUUAGGCUAGGAAACACUGUCACCACCGAUAAAUCUACAAUAAUCGAGAAUUUCAACAAGCAUUUUGCUACGGCUGGCCAUGCUAUCCACCUGGCUACCACUACGCCGGCCACCAGCUCUGCACCCUCCGCUGCAACUUGCCCAUGCCCCACGCCCACCGAGCUGGUCAUGGGUGCACCUCAGUCACGCUCAAGGUCCUAAACGAUAUUAUAACCGCGAUUGAUAAAAGACAGUACUGCGCAGCCUUCUUCAUAGACCUGGCCAUGGCUUUUGACUCUGUCAACCACCGCAUUCUUAUUGGCAGACUAAAUAGCCUUGGUUUCUCAAAUGACUGCCUCGCCUGGUUCACCAACUACUUCUCAGAUAGAGUUCAAUGUGUCAAAUCGGAAGGCCUGUUGUCUGGACCUCUGGCAGUCUCUAUGGGGGUGCCACAGGGUUCAAUUCUCGGGCCGACUCCAUUCUCUGUGUAUAUCAAUGAUGUUGCUCUUGCUGCUGGUGACGCUCGGAUCCACCUCUAUGCGGACGACACCAUUUUGAAUACAUCUGGCCCUUCAUUGGACACUGUGUUAACAAACCUCCAAACGAGCUUCAACACCAUACAACACUCCUUCCGUAGCCUCUAACUGCUCUUAAACACUAGUAAAACUAAAUGCAUGCUCUUCAACUGAAUGCUGCUUGCACCCGCCCACCCGACUAGAAUCACUACUUUCGGCGGGUCUGACCUAGAGUAUCUGGACAACUACAAAUACCUAGGUGUCUGGUUAGACUGUAAACUCUCCUUCCAGACUCAGAUUAAGCAUCUCCAAUCAAAAGUUAGAACUAGAAUCGGCUUCCUAUUUCGCAACAAAGCCUCCUUCACUCAUGCUGCCAAACAUGCCCUCGUAAAACGGACUAUCCUACCGAUCCUUGACUUCGGCGAUGUCAUUUACAAAAUAGCCUCCAACACUCUACUCAGCAAAUUGGAUGUAGUCUAUCACAGUGCCAUCCGUUUUGUCACCAAAGCCCCAUAUACUACCCACCAUUGUGACCUGUACGCUCUUGUUGGCUGGCCCUCACUACAUAUUCGUCGCCAAACCCACUGGCUCCAGGUCAUCUAUAAAUCACUGUUAGGCAAAUCCCAGUCUUAUCUUAGCUCACUGGUCACCAUAGCAACACCCACCCGUAGUCUGCGCUCCAGCAGGUAUAUCUCACUGGUCAUCCCCAAAGCCAACACCUCCUUUGGCCGCCAUUCCUUCCAGUUCUCUGCUGCCAAUGACUGGAACGAAUUGCAAAAAUCUCUGAAGCUGGAGACUCUUAUCUCCCUCACUAACUUUAGGCAUCAGUUGUCAGAGCAGCUUACCGAUCACUGCACCUGUACACAGCCUUUCUGAAAUUAGCCCACCCAACUACCUCAUCCCCAUAUUGUUUUUUAUUUUGCUAAUUUGCACCCCAGUAUCUCUAUUUGCACAUCAUCUUUUGCACAUCUAUCAUUCCAGUGUUAAUACGAAAUUGUAACUAUUUUGCACUAUGGCCUAUUUAUUGCCUUACCUCCAUAAUUUACUAAAUUCGCACACACUGUAUAUAUAUUUUCUGUUGUAUUUUUGACUUUAUGUUUUGUUUACCCCAUAUGUAACUCUGUGUUGUUGUUUUUAUCGCACUGCUUUGCUUUAUCUUGGCCAGGUCGCAGUUGUAAAUGAGAGCUUGUUCUCAACUGGCUUAACUGGUUAAAUAAAGGUUAAAUAAAAUUUAAAAUUAAAAUACACAUAAAUGGAAUAGCCUUUUUACAUAAUUAUUCAGACACUUUGCUAUGAACUCGAAAUUGAGCUCAGGUGUAUCCUGUUUCCAUUGAUCAUCCUGGAGAUGUUUCUACAACUUGAUUGGAGUCCACCUGUGGUAAAUUCAAUUGAUUGGACAUGAGGUCCGACAGAUAUAAGGUCCCACAGUUAACAGUGCAUUUCAAAGCAAAAACCAAGCCAUGAGGUGAAAGGAAUUGUCCGUAGAGCUCCGAGACAGGAUUGUGUCGAGGCACAGAUUUCUGCAGCAUUGAACGUCCCCAAGAACACAGUGGCCUCCAUUAUUCUUAAAUGGAAGAAGUUUGGAACCACCAAGACUCUUCCUAGAGCUGACUGCCCGGCCAAACUGAGCAAUCGGGGGAGAAGGGCCUUGGGCAGGGAGGUGACCAAGAACCCGAUGGUCACUGUGACAGAGCUCCAGAGUUACUCUGUGGAGAUGGGAGAACCUUCCACAAGGACAACCUUCUCUGCAGCACUCCACCAAUCAGGCCUUUAUGGUAGAGUGGCCAGACGGAAGCCACUCCUCAGUAAAAGGCACAUGACAGCCCGCUUGGAGUUUCUUAAAAGGCACCUAAAGGACUCUCAGAACAUGAGAAACCAAGAUUGAAGCGUCACGUCUGGAGGAAACCUGGCACCAUCCCUACGGUGAAGCAUGAUGGUGGCAGCAUCAUGCUGUGGGGAUGUUUUUCAGUGGCAGGGACUGGGAGACUAGUCAGGAUCGAGGGAAAGAUGAACAGAGCAAAGUACAGAGAGAUCCUUGAUGAAACCCUGCUCCAGAGCGCUCAGGACCUCAGACUGGGGCGAAGGUUCACUUUCCAGCAGGACAACGACCCUAAGCACACAGCCAAGACAAUGCAGGAGUGGCUUCUGGACAAAUCUCUGAAUGUCCUUGAGUGGCUCAGCCAGAGCCCGGACUUGAACCCGAUCGAACAUCUCUGGAGAGACCUGAAAAUAGCUUUGCAGCAACACUACCCAUCCAACCUGACAGAGCUUGAGAGGAUCUGCAGUGAAGAAUGGGAGAAAUACCCCAAAUUCAGGUGUGCCAAGCUUGUAGUGUCAUACCCAAGAAGACUCGAGGCUGUAAUCGCUACCAAAGGUGCUUCAACAAAGUACUGAGUAAAGGGUUUGAAUACUUAUGUAAAUGUGAUAUUUCCGUUGUUUUAAUUUUUUAUACAUUUGCAAAAAAAUCUAAAAACCUGUUUUUCUUUGUCAUUAUGGGGUAUUGUGUGUAGAUUGAUGAGGGGGGGGGGGGGGGAACAAUGUAAUCCCUUUUAGAAUAAGGCUGUAACAUAAUAAAAUGUGGAAAAAGUCAAGGGGUCUAAAUACUUAACGAAUGCACUGUUCAUUCGAAAUCAUUUCCCUUGAGCUAAAGAGGGCAGAUCGCUCGGAUGGUGCGUGCACAUGCGCAGAUCAAAUACACUGCUGGAACACUGAUUAAGGUGUUUACAUGUCCAAAGAAUUUGAAAGUUUGCUCAGAAAACCAGGGGCCUCAUUCACAACCUUUGCGUAAAUUUAACACAAAAUAUCGCCAUAAAUGCGCAUGUUUUCGUUAAGAAUCAGACCUCUCGUAAACUGUGCGCGCGUGAACGAGCAUUAUAACUCCGCCUGGAAAAAGCUCAUCAUUCUACUUUUAUGGUGACAGUAACGCCCUUAUUGGCUGUAUACUUUAAAAGUAUUGGAAUUAGGCGAAGACCCUAUCUAAUUGAAAUAGCAAUGGCGAACUUGAUUAAAUAUCUUUGGAGGUGUUGGCAGAAUUGUUUCUUUUGUAGGCUAUCUGACCGUUUCUUAAAAACAAAAACAAUAGCAAAUUAUUGUGGACCUGUAAACAGAUCGUUUGAAUGCAAUAAUGUUUUGCAUUCAUUUUUUCCCGAACCUAAAUAUGAUGCACUGCCCACGAAUUCUGAAACAUUGUCUACAAUGUAAACUACAGUAGGCCUACUUACAGUGGUAGCCUACACACUUCAAUGCAAAAGAUUAACUGCUGUUCAUCUGUUAAAUUUUACUGUAUGUUAUAAACCGCGCUCCUUGUCGAAUGCAUAGAGCAAAAACUUGAAAUGACAGUACACUAGCCAAUCUAAUAGGCCCAAUAAAUGAGAGCUGCACAUGGUAAUUUGUUGUAUGGCUACUUCGGGAAUAUGAACUCAUCAUGGCCAGGAAAGGUGAGGAAUGUAUUCUGAAAUGGUUAUGAUAUAUGUAUUAUGUUUAUAAAUGAAAUAUUGUCUAAUCGAGAAAUUCGACAUUACAGUAUUCAGGACGCUUAUAAAAGUCAAGGAAAAGGUGAACCGUCUGCUCUAUCGUUAAACUGCGCUUCGAAUCGGAUCGCAUAGAGCCAAAUACUUGAAAUAGCUCAUCUAUUUAUUGUGAAGUGGGUCCAAUUAAAUGAGAGAUGGGACGAACGGUAGCCUAUCCUAACUUGUUGUAGGCCUAUGGGCUAUUUCGUGAGUAGCCUAUGAAACCAUCACAGUCAGAAAAGGUGUGCCAAGCUUGUAGUGUCAUACCCAAGAAGACUCGAGGCUGUAAUCGCUACCAAAGGUGCUUCAACAAAGUACUGAGUAAAGGGUUUGAAUACUUAUGUAAAUGUGAUAUUUCCGUUGUUUUUCUUUGUCAUUAUGGGGUUUUCAAAAUGUAUUAAAAUGUAUUCUGCAAUGAUCAUGGAAAUGAAAUGAAUAAUUAGAAAUAGGCAUCUAUUUCCUAUUAUUUUAAAAUGCAAAGAUAAAAUAAAUGUUCGCUUCUCUCACUAAGGGCAAGUGAUUGCAUCUUGUUAUAUGUAGAUAUCUGUUUUUUUGUUAUGAAUAAGAGUGUAAUAUAUUCCUACACAAGACUACUUUUGCCCUCUUGCAAUGCAAUACUUCAACCACUAAAAACUGCAUACGCAUGGUCUGAAGUUUGCAGGAGGAUAGUAAGCACAUUCUCACUUCAAGUUCAAUUUCUAUACUGCCAUAAUCACUUUACUAUCGAAUUAUUACUGUGCAAGUAAACGUACUCAGUGUGACAUGCUCUUGCGUUGCAGUAACUGAGGGUGAAGUCACUUUGAAGUUGGCAGUGGUUCCAGAGAUGGCGCCAAUAGUACAGGUCCUGGUGUACAGUAUGCUACCCAGUGAGACUGUCAUCGCCCACACCAUGAACUUCCCCACUGAGAAAUGCUUCAGGCACAAGGUGUGUGUGUAUGCAUGCAUGCGUCUGUGUGUGUCAUAUGGUGUUCAUUUUAUGGAAGGUAAAAAAAGUGUCAAGUAUUUCCAUGCACAUAGAUAUCAUUCCUUGAGUAAAGGUGUAUAAUGUACACGUAUGUAUGUCAUGUGCACCAGGUGUUGGUGGAGUUCUCACCCUCAAAAGCAGUUCCAGGGGAGGAGAACACCCUGCAGCUCUCGGCCCAGCCCGGCUCCCUUUGUGGCCUCAGCGCUGUGGACCAGAGUGUUCACAUCAUGGAGCCAGGGAAGAGGCUGGAUGCUGACAAGGUAACAGAGCUCACUGAAGUGAAUAUCAACGGUCAUACCACCAUAUAAACAGCUUUUGUGGUGCUGGCAAUACAACCAGCUUCAGGGGAAUAAUAAGUGACUACAGCAUACUUGGAGUGGGUCUGUUCACCGUGGGCCAUUUGGUGUGCUUUCAUCAACUGGAAAGCAUAUCCCUAUUGGUUCAUAUUGACAUUCUGUUCAUAUUCAUGUUCAUAUUCUGGGUUGUGUUCAUUAGGGCACGGAAAGCAUUAAAAACGUUUAGCAAUGAGCGUUUACAAUAAGUCAUUUAGCAGACACUCUUAUCCAGAGCGACUUACAGUUAGUGAGUGCAUACAUUAUUUUUAAUUUUUUCAUACUGGCCCCCCAUGGGAAUCAAACCCACAUGCUCUACCAACUGAGCUACAUCCCUGCCGGCCAUUCCCUCCCCAAUCCUGGACGACGCUGGGCCAAUUGUGCGCCGCCCCAUGGGUCUCCCGGUCGCGGCCGGCUACAACAGAGCCUGGAUUCAAACCAGGAUCUCUAGUGGCACAGCUAGCACUGUGAUGCAGUGCCUUAGACCACUGCGCCACUCGGGAGGACUCGUUUCUUAUGAAAGUCCAAGUAGUCCCUGCCUUCUGUUUGGUGCCCAAUGAACAUGGUCAUUUCAUGUCUCCUUAUUAUCCCAUUCCAGAUAUUUGAUUUGUUACCAGUCAAGGAGACUACAUAUAUUCCCUACGAGCUUGAUGAUCCAGUAACAUGUUUACGUGUAAGACCAAGGAGAUACAUAAUGCCAUACCCAGAUAGACCAUCUGAGGAGAAAAAUCAACCUUAUGAAGUUUUUCAGGUAACUUCUGCCUUUUUUUCUUUUAACUUGAAGCCUCUUUUCCUCUCUCGUAAGAAUCAGUUACCGUACUGUUACCAUGCAUUCAUCUUCUUAAAUUAUACAUUUCUAAAAUAGCCUGUUUGAAGCAAAAAAACACAUUUAGAAUAGAAAAAUUAAACAGAGACAUUCAUUAAUAUUGAGCUCUGUUUGUGAUUUCUAGAAACUGGGACUGAAGCUGGCAACUAAUCUGGUUCUAAGAGUACCUUCUUGCCUAAGUUACAAGGGGAACCAGUACCAUCACUAUCGCUCCUAUGGUGAGAUGUCCUCCUUACCAUCGCUUACUCACGUCAUUGCCAGAAGUCUUUGGUGAAUCUUGGGAAAUGUUAUUCUAACAUAGCCUGGUUAAACCAGUCUGAACGCUGCAUGCAUCACCAGUGACCACAGUAUUCAGUCUGGGUUGACCAGGCUGAUUCUAACACGACAAUAAUGACUAUGUUUUGUUUUAGUAGGACCCUAUAGAUACUACUCCCACCCUGUAGCCAUGGUCAGUUUAAGAAAGGCUGCAGUUGUUCCGGGAUCUCCAGUGGCUGUAGCUGGAGAACAUGCACGACCUCCGCCACCCAUAGAGACGGUCCGUACGUUCUUCCCCGAGACAUGGAUAUGGGAUCUUGUGGAAAUUGGGUAAGAGGACAGCACAGUGAGGCUCUUGCCCUAUAGACGGGUUGGCUGACAACGUCACAAAAAUAAUGAGCGCACAUCGAUGAGGCAGAAGGCCAUGUGAUGUUAAGAUUCUGAACGGUCAGAUAGUUAGCAACAAUAACAAGAAGCUGCCAUGUGGGGAAUAGUAGGUGGCUAGUUUCAGCUCGUAUCUUGUUAUUGAUACCAUGUCUUGUUUUGAGGUGUUUUGACUCAUGUCAUGUCUAUGCUAAUAUGGCAAAAAAAUUGCUAGCUAGCUAACCAAAAACUGUAACGAUGUAUUUGAGAGACAAAAACUGCUCAUUGUGCAAAUCUUUUUAUGUUUUCAAUAAACAUUUGGAGGCAAAAGAUAGUUUACAUGUUGUCAACAAUUUAAGCCAACCCUGUCUGUUUCGCUCCAUAGUUGCGCAUGUAUCGGUUUUGUUGCUAUACAACCAACCCGCCUAUAUCAAAACAUACAGUAAUGGUGUAGAUUAGGAACCUGUACCUGAUUAAACUGCAUUACAGAGUAGGGGAGAGUGGGGUAAACAGAUAAAUGUUUUUACAUUCAACAUCACUCUGUCAAGGGAAAUAUAGUAUUCUUUCUAACAAAGAUAUCGAUUUCAGGAUGUUGUGUAUCCCUGGAAAUAAUCACAAUUCAUGUAAGCAUUACAGUUUUGAACAUUGCUUGUCCAAAAAAAGUGGUCUCCUGGCACAACACCCCAGGUUUUUUUAUUAUUAUUUUUUUAUUUAACCUUUAUUUAACCAGUUAAGCCAGUUGAGAACAAGUUCUCAUUUACAACUGCGACCUGGCCAAGAUAAAGCAAAGCAGUGCGAUAAAAACAACAAGAGAGUGUUACAUAUGGGGUAAACAAAACAUAAAGUCAAAAAUACAACAGAAAAUAUAUAUACAGUGUGUGCGAAUGUAGUAAAUUAUGGAGGUAAGGCAAUAAAUAGGCCAUAGUGCAAAAUAGUUACAAUUUCGUAUUAACACUGGAAUGAUAGAUGUGCAAGAGAUGAUGUGCAAAUAGAGAUACUGGGGUGCAAAUGAGCAAAAUAAAUAACAAUAUAGGGAUGAGGUAGUUGGGUGGGCUAAUUUCAGAUGGGCUGUGUACAGGUGCAGUGAUCGGUAAGCUGCUCUGACAACUGAUGCUUAAAGUUAGUGAGGGAGAUAAGUCUCCAGCUUCAGAGAUUUUUGCAAUUCGUUCCAGUCAUUGGCAGCAGAGAACCGGAAGGAAUGGCGGCCAAAGGAGGUGUUGGCUUUCGGGAUGACCAGUGAGAUAUACCUGCUGGAGCGCAUACUACGGGUGGGUGUUGCUAUGGUGACCAAUGAGCUAAGAUAAGGCAGGGAUUUGCCUAGCAGUGAUUUAUAGAUGGCCUGGAGCCAGUGGGUUUGGCGACAAAUAUGUAGUGAGGACCAGCCAACAAGAGCGUACAGGUCACAGUGGUUUGUAGUGUAUGGGGCUUUGGAGACAAAACGGAUGGCACUGUGAUAGACUACAUCCAAUUUCCAAAGAGUGUUGGAGGCUAUUUUGUAAAUGACAUCGCCGAAGUCAAGGAUUGGUAGGAUAGUCAGUUUUACGAGGGCAUGUUUGGCAGCAUGAGUGAAGGAGGCUUUGUUGCGAAAUAGGAAGCCGAUUCUAGAUUUAACUUUGGAUUGGAGAUUCUUAAUGCGAGUCUGGAAGGAGAGUUUACAGUCUAACCAGACACCUAGGUAUUUGUAGUUGUCCACAUACUCUAGGUCAGACCCGUCGAGAGUAGCGAUUCUAGUCGGGUGGGCGGGUGCCAGCAGCGUUCGAUUGAAGAGCAUGCAUUUAGUUUUACUAGUGUUUAAGAGCAGUUGGAGGCUACUGAAGGAGUGUUGUAUGGCAUUGAAGCUCGUUUGGAGGUUUGUUAACACAGUGUCCAGUGAAGGGCCAGAUGUAUACAAAAUGGUGUCGUCUGCGUAGAGGUGGAUCUGAGAGUCACCAGCAGCAAGAGCGACAUCAUUGAUAUACACGGAGAAAAGAGUCGGCCCAAGAAUUGAACCCUGUGGCACCCCCAUAGAGACUGCCAUAGGUCCAGACAACAGGCCCUCCGAUUUGACACAUUGAACUCUAUCUGAGAAGUAGUUGGUGAACCAGGCGAGGCAGUCAUUUGAGAAACCAAGGCUAUUUAGUCUGCCAAUAAGAAUGCAGUGGUUGACAGAGUCGAAAGCCUUGGCCAGGUCGAUGAAGACGGCUGCACAGUACUGUCUAUUAUCGAUCGCGGUUAUAAUAUCGUUUAGGACCUUGAGCGUGGCUGAAGUGCACCCAUGACCAGCUCGGAAACCAGAUUGCAUAGCGGAGAAGGUACGGUGGUAUUCGAAGUGUUCGGUGAUCUGUUUGUUAACUUGGCUUUCAAAAACUUUCGAAAGGCAGGGCAGAAUGGAUAUAGGUCUGUAACAGUUUGGAUCUAGAGUGUCACCCCCUUUGAAGAGGGGGAUGACCGCAGCAGCUUUCCAAUCUCUGGGGAUCUCAGACGUUACGAAAGAGAGGUAACAGGUAUGGGGUAAAUUGAGCCAUGUGACAGGGUAAGUUAAGUCGCCUACAAAUGUCUGUACUGAAUGAAAUAUUACCACUACCUUAUUAAAACCAUAGCUAGGUUUCCAUCCAAAUGGUGACAUAUUUUCAUGUGAAUAUGUUCUAAAAUCUGCAUAAAAACAAUAUGUGUAUUUUCCUACCAGAGAUGUGUUUCCAUCAGAUGUACUUGUUGUGGGUAAAAUGCUGUGCGUAGUGCACAUAAAAAUACAUUUUGUGGUUAAAUUCCCAUGUACUGAAUAAAAAAGACAAGUUAAAUGGGUUUCCAUUGCAUUUUCAAAAAUGUGUGUUAUAGCGAGUGUGCCCACUCUGGUAUUGGCACGUGUGCUCUAGCCAACAGCUGGUAGAUACAGUGCGGGUAGAGCCUACAUGAUGAGAUUAUUAUGGACAAAAGAGCGAGAUUAUUUUUAUUUGUCAAAAGGCAGCCAAGCAUCACCAGAAUAAAACCCUCAAUAUUUAUUGGAAAGGAGCAUCAAGCUCUUCAUCUUGCACAUUCACCACCCUGUGAAGUUCAUCAUAAUUUAUUUAAUCUGUAGCCUAAUAAACGACACAACAUGUCAUCGCGUGACUCCAAGUUUACUUCGAUAUGAUGGUUAUUUUAUCAAUAUUUGCGCAUAAAAGCGUUUCCAUUCCCAUUUCUCGCAUAAUUUAUUUUACAGACACAAAAAGACCCCACCUUGUCUAGCGUAUUUUGUUUUGUCAACGUUUUGAAAGUUUACUGACAAAUGUUGUUUCCAUCAGGCCUGUCAUGACAUUUUUUAUCCAAUGUACUUUACGGGCAUAAAACGGUUAGAUGUAAACCUGGUUCAUGUCUAUCUCUAAUUUCCCAAACACAAUUCAACACAAUCACUUUUUGUCUUUUAUUUAUUUUUAGCAUCUUUUAACAUAUGUUUAACACCUAACAAACACGUUGUAAAAAAAGAAAAAGGCCCUGUUGUUACCUCAUGUCCCAGCAAUAAUGCCUUGCAUUAAGCCUGGGAAGGGUUGGGCGGAUUACUUGAAAAAUAUAAUCCGUUACCGAUUACAGUUACAUGAAAAAUAAAGUAAUCAGUAACAUAAUCCUUUUGAUUACUCAAAAUGAGUAACGUAAUCCGAUUGCAUUUCUAUUACUUUUAGAUUACUUUCACUUUUAACACCCAGACAUUUUAAAACAUUUAAAAACGUUAAUAUAAUAUUGCGUUUUUUCAUUUAGUAACAUGAGUAUUUCCAAAUUGGGGACUAGUGUUCAAUCUAUUCUACUGUAUGUGUAAGAACAUAGUUACAUGGGUCCAUACUAACAUUUUCAGUUGGUGGCACCAGCCCAUGAUUUGAUUGCACCACAAUUACUGUGGGGUCACGCAAAAGAAAACAUUUGUAGCCUCAUCGUCUUAUAAAGUCAUUCAAAGUGUUUCAUUAAGAAGUGUACUAGACUACUAAAAUGGUAUGAUUCAAGAACCAGUGAUUGUCAUGAAUUUGGGGUUUGACAACUAGGCAAUUGUUGUUAUUAUUUUACUAUCAAAAUAGUUUUCCAGAAUUUUCAGUUGUUUUUGUUCAAUAGAGAUUCAUUUGUCUACAUCUUUUUUUGAACUAAAAUCACAUAGGCUAAUUCAUUUGGGGCUAAUUCACCACCUGAGGAUGUGGUUAGCUAGAUCGCUAAAUAUAGCCUAUUACAAAUAGUUAGUUGUCUUAUUGAUAUCUAACUGUACAUUUAAUGUAUAUACCUUUGCACCCACCUUGAAUGGCUUAUGCACCCACCUAUUUAAUAUUGCCUUUUGUUCAAUAUUAAAUACAAUUCUGACCAGAAACCUGGGACCCUUAUCUCUUGAACAGCAACAAUAGUGGUUGCUUUCAAUACUGUGUUUUUCCUGCCAUUAGGCCUACAUUUUGAAAUAUUGUGCAAUCAGAAAGCAUUUAAUUAAGGAGGGAGCGAAAGAAACUGCACUGCUUCAAAGCAGCAAGCAGGAACUCAGUAAUCCAGACGACUGUCUGAUUGACCAGUGGGCCAGGUGUAAAUGUUUUGGAAGCCUUACCUUCGACAACUGAAGCCAUCCACCCUUGAUGGGCGAUCAGCAGAACAAUAGAAUCUCUGAGAGCAUGUUAAAAGUCUUGACGGUGUGCUAAAUGCCAGCAAUGGGUUUUAUCAAAUGUUCCUAUUGAUAUUAGAUUAAGUAAUCCCGAAUGUAAUCAGCUUUUUUAAAGAAUGUAACACUUCAAUUUGCUCAAUUUGCCAUAGAGCUCGCCAGCUUCCAGUCCUAAACCCGGAAAUGAGUUAUCUCUUGUUCGUUCAGCCAUUCAUAUGGGGAAAAUGAAUAGGGAAGGAAUAGGGUUUUGGGAUAAACGCCGAAAAUAAGGUCUGAGGUUAACACAGGUUUAGGAGAUCUUAUACAUUUUGUUCAGUGAGAUAAUAUCAGUCAGUUAACAUGACCUUUAUGAAUUAUGAAGCAUUUAUGUGAUUUAUGUGCUUUUAUUUUUACAUAAAUGCUUAAAAAUUCACAAAAGUGACAUUAGCUGAUAAGGAUGAUCUCAUAGAACAAAACGUACAGUAUAAGAUCUCCUUAGCCUGUUUUUACCACAGAUCUUAUUUUCAGCGUUUAUCAAAUAUUUGGACUAUAUUAGCCCACACAGCUACAAGGAUACACUUUCAUGCUAGGUUUAGGACCUCAUAUUGAAGCUUAUAGAGACCCCCAAAUGAUGUAUAGAACAAUCUUAAUUAUCUACGUUGGUUUAGAUACAAGAAUCAUGAAACCUCUAACACAAUAAAUUCAUUUGACUUGGUGAAAGUCAGUUUUUUGGACCUAAUUGCUUACCACUUUUUCCAUGUGGGUUCUUCCUUUAAAGACUCCAUGAAAUGACCUCUUCCUAAAAAUGUGGUCAAAUUGUACAUUUUGUGUAUAGUUUCCUAGAAACAAGCGUGGCUCAACUUAACACUGUGGCUCAACUUACCCCUUUGGCAAAAAAUGUCUCUAUGGAAAACUUAUUGCCUUUCUGUUUUAGGGAAUCUGGAACAGCAGACAUGCCCCUCACAGUCCCAGACACCAUCACCACCUGGGAGACAGAGGCAUUCUGCCUGGCCCCUGGCGGCUUCGGUCUGGCUCCUCCGGUGAAACUUACUGUCUUCCAGCCCUUCUUCCUGGAGCUCACCCUGCCCUACUCCAUCAUCCGUGGAGAGCACUUUGAGCUGAAGGCCACUGUAUUCAACUACCUCUCCAAGUGCAUCAUGGUACGGCACUGCAUCAUGAUCGUUUCUUGAGUUGUUUCAUGAGUUUCUCAAGUUGUAUAAAAUCUUGUGUUUUGUUGCAGUUUGUCUAAUUAGGGUUUAUUCUUUGUAUUUAUUUUUACACCCAGGGUAUCAGUCUUGGUUUUUCCAUGUUUUGUUACAAGUGUUUCUUUUUGGCAGGUUUCUGUGACUCCGGCUCCCUCCUUAGACUACACUCUCACACCCUUGAAUGAUGUCCAGUACUCAUCAUGCUUGUGUGCCAAUGGACGAAAGACCUUCAGUUGGACAAUGGCACCCUCUGUCCUGGGUAUGUCGCCAGUAUUCAUUCAACCGUUCAAACAGCAGAAUGGAUGUCAACCUGAGUUGUGUACUCUCAGUCACCAUAUUGGAUGUUGUGUAACCUGUGCUGCACUCUGUCUGUCAAUGUGUAUGUAGGGGUUUUCAAUGUGUCUGUUAGUGCAGAGGCUGUCCAGUCCCACACUACGUGUGACAAUGAGAUUGUGAACGUACCGGAGAGAGGACGCAUCGACAUAGUCACACAGAGCCUGCUGGUAAAAGUAUGUAGUCUACUGCUGUGGUGGAACGUACUGUUGUACAGAUAGCAUCUAGUGUAACUGCCUUUGACUGAAAAUAAUCUCCUCUCCUCUCAGGCUGAGGGAACAGAGAAGACCGACACCUACAACUGGUUGCUGUGUCCAACUGGUCAGUAAUGCAUGAACGUUGAAUGUUCACUUUGAUUGAACUGAUCAUCUCCAUUCAUCUUAUCAUCUGUGUGUCCACAGGAGAAACUCUGACAGAGGAGGUGGAACUGCAACUCCCCAAGAAUGUGGUGGAUGGAUCUGAUCGAAUUUCUCUCUCAGUCCUGGGUAAAAUAAACCAUUGUAAUGUUUAGAGAGGCGUAGUGAGUUUAAAAAGGCGUAGUGGUGGGAAAAGCAACCCUACUCCAGUGCUCUUUGCUAAAGAGGACAGUCUUACAGAAGUCCCAUGUGUACCUGUAGGCGACAUCCUGGGUCGGGCCCUCAAGAACCUGGAUGGACUGUUGCAGAUGCCGUAUGGGUGUGGAGAGCAGAAUAUGGCCCUCCUCGCCCCCAAUAUCUACAUCCUGGAGUACCUGAGGAACACAGAGCAGCUCACUCCAGCCAUCCGAGACAAGGCCAUCAAGUUCCUCACUAGUGGUAAGAGAGUCCCUCAAAAUAUGGGUUAUAUUCAUUAGGCUCCAAAUGGAAGAAAACUGACUGAAACAGGGCUAGAUUUGUCGAAUAAGAUAUAUAUUUUUUUUGUAAUAACAUUUUGAAACGUUUCACCACAGUAUGCCCUAAUGACUACAACCCUGCUAUCAUGUAAAUGAUAGAGCUACAGCAUAGAUGACAUCACAGUGUCUUAUCAACAGAGCAUCACUGACCCAACACAUGUAGGGAUUUCCAGAUGUUUUCCCACUGAAAUAAAUUGAUCAGAGAAUAUUGAGGCUGCAUUCCAAAUGGUACCCCCAGUGUUGGGGAGUAACUGAUUACAUGUAAUCUGCAGUUCCAUGUAAUCUGAUUACACAAAAUUCCCGCUGUAAUCAGUUACAUUACCAGAUUAAAUAUUAUAAUUGGAUUACAGAUACUUUAGAAAAACGUGAUUAUUACUAACUUUUAAAUUCAGAAUUUUUGUGGGGAAAAAAUACAUUAACACCUUUCUGUUUUCUCAAUGACAUUCCAUUCAGCAUUGAAAAAGGAGCAAUUUUAAGUUUGUUCCACCCAAGCGAGUCUGAUCACAAGUCAGAGACCACUAUGAUGACACAGCAAAUGCGUUCGAUGGAUCCUUUUUGUCUUCUUCUAUGCCUCUUAAGGGGAAAGUAAUCCCAAAGUUAAAGAAAGUAAUCAGAUUACAUUACUGAGUUUGGGUAAUCCAAAAGUUACGUUACUGAUUACAAUUUUGGAAACUAGUAACUGUAAUGGAUUACCUUUAAAAAGUAACCUACCCAACCCUGCCUAUUCCCUACAUAGUGAACUCAUUUUUUCCUGGCAAAAGUAGUGCACUAUAUAGGGAAUAGGGUGCCAUUUGGGGCACACCGUCAGUGACUAUAAAAAACACUCGGUCACUGUUGUUCACUCUAAAAACUCACCGACAGGUUACCAAAGGCAGCUGAACUACAAGCAUGUUGAUGGUGCAUACAGCACAUUUGGACAAGGCUCAGGGAACACUUGGUGAGUAUUGUGUUUUUCACCUACUGGUAAACACAUUAUAACUGUGUCUGUUUCAAUUAAGUAUUGACCAAUCAAAUGGCAUUGUCUCUGGCAGGGAGACCAUGGAUGUGACAUAAAUUUAAAAAAUCUGUCAUUGCAUGUAAUGUCAAGCUCUAAGUUAUGUUUGUGCCAACUUUAUGUGGAUAUUAAAUUAAGUUCUCUUUCCUCAGGCUGACUACUUUUGUCUUGAGAUCCUUUGGCAAAGCACAGUCUUUCAUUUAUAUUGACCCGGCAAAAAUUGAGGAAUCUAAGACUUGGUUGGAACGUCAACAAGGCAAACAUGGGUGUUUCAGAAGAUUGGGGAAACUCUUUAACAACAGAAUGAAGGUAUUUAUAUUGAUAAUAAACUGAUAAAAUAUGUAAGAUGAUGUAGUUUUACGUCUCAUCAGACCAGCCAUAAAGUUGGGAAUGAUGAUUUCAGCAAAAUUGUAUCAGGCUAGAUACAGUUUCAUGGACAUGUUUUAGAAUUUAAACAUAUUGUUUUGUAGGGUGGGGUGACAGAUGAAGUCACACUGACGGCCUACAUCACUGCUUCAAUGCUGGAGCUCAACAUGUCAGUGUCGGUACGUAGCAUCUCCACAUAACCGUUGUUUCUCACUGCAACAAUGUCCAUUACAGGCAACUGAUUUAGCCUCCUGUAUUAAGUCUGUUGUAUACAUCUUAUGUCAACUGUCAUUUAGAUAUUCUAAAAUGUAGUGUUGUGUAUUUAUUUAAUGAAAGUAUUUCUUCUCUGAAAGUAGCCUAAUAAAUGAGCAUAAGAAUAGGUGUUACAGCAGAUCUGGGACCAGGCUAGCAUGUCGCCCAAAUGUGUGGCUCUGUUAUUUUGUGCUCCAGGAUCCUGUUGUGUACGGCAGCUUGUCUUGCCUGAGGAACUCCACCAGUGAUUUGUCCAACACCUACACUACUGCUCUGCUGGCCUACACCUUUACCCUGGCAGGGGACAUGGAGACCCGGGCCCAGCUUCUGCAGCACCUGGACACGAUCGCAUUACAAGAGGGUGAGCCAUAUCCUGGUCCAAGAUCUGUUUGUGGUGUCUUGCCUUGAUUGAGCUUACCUGGGCAAUGGAGCCAAUGGAGUAGUCACAAAGUGCAAACCCUCCACACGUCUGGCACUCCAGAUAGUCUCAAUUAAAUGCCCAGUGUAUUUCAAAGAACUCAGGUGUCUGUCAUAAAAUUCAUUGGAAAUUCAGAGAAGAACUUUGUAUUCUGUAUGAUGAUGAAUAAGCUAGUCCCCUGUCUCUCUGUGUGUGUGUGUUCCUCAUCCCUCAGGGGGUCUCCUGCACUGGACUCAGACCUCCUCAGAGACCUCAGCCUCCCUGGCAGUGGAGAUCAGCUCCUAUGUUCUGCUGGCUUCCCUCAGUGCCUCUCCUCUGUCUUCCUCUGACCUGGGCUAUGCCUCCCGCAUCAUCAGGUGGCUGGUGAGACAGCAGAACGCCUAUGGAGGCUUCUCCUCCACACAGGUAUACUUCCAAAACACCUCUGUUCCAAAAUGGCUCCCUGUGCUGUGCACUAGUAGUGAGGCAUUAUUACCUUGACUUUUACCAGACCACAGGCUUGUAUGUGCUUCUUGUCAUGGCAAGCCUGAUGAGGAUAACUUCCACUGAAACAGAGCCAAGAAAUCAUAAUGGAUGGAAAUGGGAAAUAGUCACUCUAGGAACUGACCAAUGUAAAAAUCAACCCUUUCUGUAAAAUGGGGUAUUUUCUUUAAUUUUGAACAGAUUUUUCUGUGGUCUGUUGGUGUGUGUGUUUAGGACACAGUUGUGGCCCUCCAGGCCCUAGCUCUCUACUCCACCAGGGUGUACAGUAGAGAGGGUGCCAGCACAGUGACAGUACAGUCUCCCAGUGGGGCACAGCACCUCUUCGAUGUGAACCAAAACAACAAGCUUCUCUACCAGGAGAGGACGCUGCAGGACACAGAAGGGAAGUACAGCGUGGAAGUGAAGGGCAGUGCUUGUGCCUCAGUGCAGGUCAGUGAAUACACUCCUCCCAAUCCUAUGGUGCAAUAUAUGGUUUAUAUAUUACUGUGAAGUUCAAACAUUUAAGAAGCUUUGUCUGGCUUGAUAUUUAGUUUAUGAAAUGUAUAUUUUUAGACAACAUUGUUUCCCUGACUUCUUCUUCCCUCUUUCCUAGGUGGCGCUCCACUACAACAUUCCUACUCCUACUGACAGCACAACGCUCAGUAUCCAGGUGAAGACAGAGGUCGACUGCAACAGCAACUCUUUGAGACCCAGAGUCAUGCUGAAACUCCAGUCUCAGUAAGAAUGAAUGACACAUUUGCAUUCACAGAAGCAGUCUUUCAAUCAGUUUAUUAUUUGAAUCAGGUCAUUGAUGACACUCCAGUGUUAUUUUGGAGCAUGUCUUACAGAAUGCAUCUGACCCAAUUUAAUUGAUGUUAUUAUACCUAUAGUGCCCUCCGUAAUUAUUGGGACAAAGAAGCAUUUUUUCUUAUUCUGCCUCUAUACUCUAAAAGUGUGGAUUUGAAAUCAAACAAUGACUAUGAGGUUAAAGUGGGGUAUUUACAUCUAUAUUGGGUGAACAGUUAAAAAAUUACAGUAAAAAAAAAUUACAGUACUUUUUGUAAAUAGUCCCCCCAUUUUAGGGAACCAAAAUUAUUGGGACAAAUUCAUUUAUAUGUGUAUUAAAGUAGUAAAAAGUUAAGUACUUGGUCCCAUAUUCACUCUACAAAUUUGUUGGAUGCUUUUCCUGUUUGUUUCAGAUAAUUUUGUGCCCAAUAGAAAUUAAUUGUAAAUAAUGUAUUGUGUCAUUUUGGAGUCACUUUUAUUGUAAAUAAGAAUAGAAUAUGUUUCUAAACACUUCUAUAUUAAUGUGGAUGCUACCAUGAUUACGGAUAAUCCUGAAUGUUAUUGUAAUGGUGAGAGGAUAGCAUGUCUUGGGGGUAUGAUAUUUGUUGAAUAUAGAAAUGUUUAGAAAAACAUAAUAUUCUUAUUUACAAUAAAAGUGACUCAAUGACACAAUACAUUAUUUACCAUUAAUUUCUAUUGGGCACAAAAUAAUCUGAAACACAACCACAACAAACAGCAAAUGCAUGCAACACAUUUGUAGAGUCACAAGCUUGAUGUAGUCAUUGUGUGCCAUGAAUGUGGGACCAAAUACUUAACUUUUUAAUACUUUAAUACACAUAUAAGUUAAUAGCCUACUGUUGGUCCCCUAAAAUGGGGGGACUAUGUAUAAAAAAUGCUGUAAUUUCUAAACGGUUCACCCGAUAUGGAUGAAAAUACACUCAAAUUAAAGCUGUUUGAUUUUAAACAAUGCUUCACUGUCCCAAUAAUUACAGAGGGCACUGUAUGUAUAGGUUAUUUCACUUCUAGGUUGUACCUAGGCUUGGACCAUAACAGUCAGAAAACAUAUCAGGCAACCUUGUCUUUUUAUGGGUAAAUAAUCAAAGUAUCCAUUCCUUUGAUUAUUACAAGCACUUGUCAAAAUCAAACUUUGAUAUCACAGGCACCUCUUUGCUUUCACAGAUAUCAUGGAAAGGAGCUGACUACCAAUAUGAUUAUAGUGGAUUUGAAAAUGUUGUCUGGGUUUGCCCCAGACCCAGAGUCUUUGGGGAGGGUGAGUUUUUGUCAUAACAGACGUUUAUGGUGUUACCUGUGACCUUUUUCCAUGUAUAGUAGCUCUUGCCUCUUUCACCUGUGAACCUUUCUGAAACUGAACGUUAUUGUCAAUGCAAUAUGAAUACCAUGUAUGGCUUGUCUUCACAGCUGAGGAGUUCACUUCAAGUGGAUCGUGUUGAUACUAAAGAUGACCAUGUGUUAAUGUACUUGACAGAGGUGAGACCAAAACCAAAUAAUCCAUUCUAUCAACUUUAUAUGCCCAUUGUUUUUGUCAAAAUUGCUCAAGAUCAGUACAUUUGGUUGGGAAUCAUUGAUCGAGAGCAAUAUUCAAACCUUGUCUCUGAUUUUCACAUUUUAGACCACUCAGGAACACUCUUAACACCUCUUGGUAAGCAAUUCUGGUCUUUGGCAUAAAAAGGUUUUCCUUUACCUGGGUUUUGUGCCUUUCAUAUUUAUUUUGAUCCUGACAAACUCCCUAGUCCCUGCCAAUGACAAGCAUACCCAUAACAUGAUGCUGCCACCACAAUACUGGAAAAUACAGAGGGUUUCACUCUGUGUUGUGUUGUACUGGAUUUAACCCAAACCUGUAGUUUUUAAUUUAGGCCACAACGUUAAUGACUUUUCCAUGUUGUCUUGCAGUAUUACUUAACAGCCUUGUUUCAAACAGAAUGGAUGAUUUGGACUGGAUUUUUGAACACAGGCUUUCUUCUUUUCAUUGUGUCAUACAGGCCAGUAAUGUGGCGUGAAUGCAAUGUUGUUGAUCCCUUCGUAUUUUCAAGUAUUGUGGUGGCAGCAUCAUGUUAUGGUUAUGCUUGUCACCGGCAGGGACCGGGAGUUUGUUAGGAUCAAAAUAUAUAUGAAAGGAGCAAAGCCCAGGUAGAAAGUUAGAGGAAAAACCCUCUCAGUUUUCUGAAAAACAUACCCUGGGAUAGAGUUUUAUUUUUCUGUGGGACAAUUACACAAUUUGUAAUGCCAAAGACACAACAUAAUGGCUUUCCAAUAGGUGUUAAGUGUUCCUGAAUGGUCCAGUCUCCAUCCUAAUUUAAAUCUACUUUAAAAAAAAUCUGAGACAAGGUUUGAAUAUUGCUGUCCAUCAAUGAUUCCCAACCAAAUUUACUGAGCUUGAGACAUUUUGACAAAAACAAUGGAUAUAUGCUGCCCUAAGAGUUGUGCAAGGUUGGUAGAAUCUUAUUCAAUAUUAUUCACAGCUGUAAUGGCUGCCAAAGGUGCUUCCACCAAUAUUAUUAACUCUGGGGUGUGAAGACAUCAUCAUUUUGUACUUCUUUGUAAUUUGGAAAAUGGUUUAUAAUUUUCUUUCACUUUGGAAAUGUGAUUGUUUUCAAUGAAAAUGGUCCAAAAGAAACAAAAAUAGCUUCUUAGCAAAGAGCAAUUUCUCAAGCAAUAAAAUACAGAGCAAAAACAGAACAGAGGUAAAAAGAAAAUAAUAAAAAACAGCGGCGGAGAAGAUGGCUGCCGUUUUACAGCCCUCUAACCAAUUGUACUAUUAUGUGUGUUUUUCCGCGUUAUUUGUAAUUUAUUUUGUACAUAAUGUUUCUGCCAUCGUCUCUUAUAACCAAAAAGAGCUUCUGGAUAUCAGGACAGCGAUUACUCACCUCGUAUUGGACGAAGAUUUUUUCUUCAACGAGGCGGCCGCGAAGGAUAUCAUACAGACACCCGACAAGGCCCAAAUCCCCGUCAUUCGCAUGAGGAAGAGACGGAGAUAUCGUGGACGUAGGUCGGGGUGCCUUGUAUGGAUCCGACGGCGAGCGAGUAAACUGCCGCUCCCAUCAAUCCUAUUACCCAAUCUUCAAUCAUUGGAGAACAAAUUGGAUGACCUAAGAUUACGGUUAUCCUACCAACGGGACAUUCAAACCUGUAAUAUCUUAUGUUUCACCGAGUCGUGGCUGAACGACGACAUGGAUAACAUACAGCUAGCGGGCUAUACGCUACAUCGGCAGGAUAGAACGGCUGACUCCGGUAAGACAAGGGGUGGCGGUCUGUGUAUAUUUGUAAACAACAGCUGGUGCACAAAAUCAAAUACUAAGGAAGUCUCAAGGUUUUGCUCGCCUGAGGUAGAGUAUCUUAUGAUAAGCUGUAGACCACACUAUUUACCAAGAGAGUUUUCAUCUAUAUUUUUCAUAGCUGUCUAUUUACCACCACAAACCAAUGCUGGCAUUAAGAUUGCACUGAAUGAGCUGUAUAAGGCCAUAAAUCAACAGGAAAACGCUCAUCCAGAUGCAGCGCUCCUAGUGGCCGGGGACUUUAAUGCAGGGAAACUUAAAUCCGUUCUACCUAAUUUCUACCAGCAUGUUAAAUGUGCAACCAGAGGAAAAAAAACUCUAGACCACCUUUACUCCACACACAGAGACGCAUACAAAGCUCUCCCUCGCCCUCCAUUUGGCAAAUCUGACCAUAACUCUAUCCUCCUGAUUCCUGCUUAUAAAAAACUAAAGCAGGAAGCACCAGUGACUCGGUUAAUAAAAAAGUGGUCAGAUGACGCAGAUGCUAAGCUACAGGACUGUUUUGCUAGCACAGACUGUUCCGGGAUUCUUCAGAUAGCAUUGAGGAGUACACCACAUCAGUCACUGGCUUCAUCAAUAAGUGCAUCGAUGAUGUCGUCCCCACAGUGACCGUACGUACAUAACCCAACCAGAAGCCAUAGAUUACAGGAAACAUCCGCACUGAGCUAAAGGGUAGAGCUGCCGCUUUCAAGGAGCGGGACUCUAACCCGGACGCUUAAAAGAAAUCCCGCUAUGCCCUCCGAUGAACCAUCAAACAGGCAAAGAGUCAAUACAGGACUAAGAUUGAAUCGUACUACACUGGCUCUGACGCUCGUCGGAUGUGGCAGGGCUUGAAAACUAUUACAGACUACAAAGGGAAGUACAGCCGCGAGCUGCCCAGUGACACAAGCCUACCAGACGAGCUAAACCACUUCUAUGCUCGCUUCGAGGCAAGCAACACUGAAGCAUGCAUGAGAGCACCAGCUGUUCCGGAUGACUAUGUGAUCACGCUCUCCGUAGCCGAUGUGAGUAAGACUUUUAAGCAGGUCAACAUUCACAAGGCCGCAGGGCCAGAUGGAUUACCAGGACGUGUACUCCGAGCAUGUGCUGACCAACUGGCAAGUGUCUUCACUGACAUUUUCAACAUGUCCCUGACUGAGUCUGUAAUACCAACAUGUUUCAAGCAGACCACCAUAGUCCCCGUGCCCAAGGACUCUAAGAUAACCUGCCUAAAUGACUACCGACCCGUAGCACUGACGUCUGUAGCCAUGAAGUGCUUUGAAAGGCUGGUCAUGGCUCACAUCAACAGCAUUAUUCCAGAAACCCUAGACCCACUCCAAUUUGCAUACCGCCCCAACAGAUCCACAGAUGAUGCAAUCUCUAUUGCACUCCACACUGCCCUUUCCCACCUGGACAAGAGGAACACCUACGUGAGAAUGCUAUUCAUUGACUACAGCUCAGCAUUCAACACCAUAGUGCCCUCUAAGCUCAUCACUAAGCUAAGGAUCCUGGGACUAAACACCUCCCUCUGCAACUGGAUCCUGGACUUCCUGACGGGCCGCCCCCAGGUGGUAAGGGUAGGUAACAACACAUCUGCCACAGUGAUCCUCAACACGGGGGCCCCUCAGGGGUGCGUGCUCAGUCCCCUCCUGUACUCCCUAUUCACCCAUGACUGCAUGGCCAGGUACGACUCCAACACCAUCAUUAAGUUUGCAGACGACACAACAGUGGUAGGCCUGAUCACCGACAACGAUGAGACAGCCUAUAGGGAGGAGGUCAGAGACCUGGCCGUGUGGUGCCAGGACAACAACCUCUCCCUCAACGUGACCAAGACAAAGGAGAUGAUUGUGGACUACAGGAAAAAAAAGAGGACUGAGCACGCCCCCAUUCUCAUCGACGGGGCUGUAGUGGAACAGGUUGAGAGCUUCAAGUUCCUUGGUGUCCACAUCACCAACGAACUAUCAUGGUCCAAACACACCAAGACAGUCGUGAAGAGGGCACGACAAAGCCUAUUCCCCCUCAGGAGACUGAAAAGAUUUGGCAUGGGUCCUCAGAUCCUCAAAAAUUCUACAGCUGCACCAUCGAGAGCAUCCUGACUGGUUGCAUCACCGCCUGGUAUGGCAACUGCUUGGCCUCCGACCGCAAGGCACUACAGAGGGUAGUGCGUACGGCCCAGUACAUCACUGGGGCCAAGCUUCCUGCCAUCCAGGACCUCUAUACCAGGCGGUGUCAGAGGAAGGCCCUCAAAAUUGUCAAAGACUCCAGCCACCCUAGUCAUAGACUGUUCUCUCUGCUACCGCACGGCAAGCGGUACCGGAGUGCCAAGUCUAGGUCCAAAAGACUUCUCAACAGCUUCUACCCCCAAGCCAUAAGACUCCUGAACAGCUAAUCAUGGCUACCCGGACUAUUUGCACUGCCCCCCCACCCCAUCCUUUUUCGCUGCUGCUACUCUGUUAAUUAUUUAUGCAUAGUCACUUUAACUCUACCCACAUGUACAUAUUACUUCAACUACCUCAACUAGCCGGUGCCCCCGCACAUUGACUCUGCACCGGUACCCCCCUGUAUAUAUAGCCUCCCUACUGUUAUUUUAUUUUACUUCUGCUCUUUUUUUCUCAACACUUUUUUUGUUGUUGUCUUAUUUUUACUUUUUUGUUAAAAAUAAAUGCACUGUUGGUUAAGGGCUGUAAGUAAGCAUUUCACUGUAAUGUCUGCACCUGUUGUAUUCGGCGCAUGUGCCCAAUACAAUUUGAUUUGAUUUGAUUUGAAGAAAAUAAUAAGUAUCUCUGAAAAUAUUUGUGCGGAAUGUCCUUCAGUCAGCAAAGCUGAUUGGUAACACUUUACUUGCCACCCAGUGUCAUAACACGUUAUUACACGGUCAAAACCAUGUCAUAAUAUGUCAUAACAGCUGACAUAACUUGUCAUAACCUGUCAUAAUAUAGUCAUAACACUGUCAUGACCCAUAUAUUUACACCUGUUGUGACAUAUAUUGUGUUAUUUUAGGGCUGGUUAUGACACCUACAUAAGAGUGUCAAAACUCACAUUUAUUCAAAUGAGUUUUUUCCCUGCAAAGAAGUUUACUUUCAUUUAAAAGUGUGCUUCUUAAAUCCUUUGUUGUUGUUGUAAUGAAUUCUUUACGGUCAUGUUUUUUUCAUCAUAUUUUAAAUAACUUGUAGAAAUUACACUUUAUGACACUGUCAAGAAGCAUAAUGACCAUCCUGUGUCACUUUACUUGGACUAAGAAAAUACACUUUAUGACACUGUCAAGAAGCAUUAAGGCCAUUAUAAUCAUAUAAGCCAGAUAGGCCUAUCACGUACAUGCCCUUAUAUCAGUCAAAAAGAGGGUGUCUUGUCCUGCUCCUGAAAUCUGCUCCUGCAUUCAUCCCGGUCAUCAGCAACAGAGCAAUUACAAUGUUCAUUUAAUAUGGUCAAUUAAAAAAUAUAUAGUAUACAACAUAAACAUACUGUUGACCAAGAAGGAGAGUGAUGGAGUGCUGCAUCAGAUGACCUGGCCUCCACAAUCACCCGACCUCAACCCAAUUGAGAUGGUUUGAGAUGAGAUGGACUGCAGAGUGAAGGAAAAGCAGCCAACAAGUGCUCAGCAUAUGUGGGAACUCCUUCAAGACUGUUGGAAAAGCAUUCCAGGUGAAGCUGGUAGAGAGAAUGCCAAGAGUGUGCAAAGCUGUCAUCAAGGCAAAGGGUGGCUACUUUGAAGAAUCUAAAAUCUAAAAUAUAUUUUGAUUUGUUUAAAAGAAAUUUGGUUACUAGAUGAUUCCAUAUGUGUUAUUUCAUAGUUUUGAUGUCUUCAUUAUUAUUCUACAAUGUAGAAAAUUGUAAAAAUAAAGAAAAACCCUGAAAUGAGUAGGUGUGUCCAAACUUUUGACUGGUACUGUAGGUGUCAUAACCAGCCAUAAAAUAACUACCGUGGUAGGUUUUGUUGGUUUUUACACUCUUAUGUAUUUGUCAUAUGCAGCCCUAAAAUAACACAAUAUAUAUCACAAACAGGUCUAAAUAUAUGUGUCAUGACAGUGUUAUGACCAUAUUAUAACAGGUUAUGUCAAGUUAUGUCAGCUGUUAUGACAUAUUAUAACGUAUUAUGAUGCUGGGUAUCAUGUAGAGUGUUAACGAAACGAAAACUUCUGCUUAUAGCAUUUAAAUAAUUGUGACCAAUAUGUUUAUAUAUAUAUUUUUUUAAAUCUCCCAACAGUUACCAUCACUAUUUCCUUUCAACCACACGCUGGACAUCAUACAGGAGCUCCCAGUACAGAAUCUAAAGCCAGCGGUGGUCAAGAUCUAUGACUACUAUCAGCCAAGUAAGUUUAUAUCUAACCCUCCCCAAAACAUGUUUUCCCCUCUUCUUUUUAGUAACAUUUGGUUAACUUGUUCAUUUACUGAGACUAAUAUGUCUUAUGGUUUUAUUCAGGUGACCAGGCCGAGACAGAAUAUGUCUUCCCUUGCAAGUAGGGGUUACAAACUGGUGAGCUACUUUAAAUAUGGAAUUAUUGAUGUUGAAUUAUUAAUGUACUCACAUUUUUAUUUAAACUAUGUUGAUAUUUAUUUUACCUAAAUGCUGGUCAGUUUGUUAAAGGUCAAAUUUGUAAGUCGCUCUGAAUAAGAGCGUCUCCUAAAUUACGUAAAUGUAAACGUAAAUGUUAAAGCAUUAAUUCCUUACAGUAUGUCUUUACUCCUCUGCAGAUGUAAGAAGAAAAUGACAUUCACACAGAGGUCAAACCUACAACAUCUUUCAAGCUCUAAAGUAAAAUAUGUAACUGGAAUUAAAGUUUCCAUUGUAACCCUAUUCUUCAGCAUUUUUUCCAGAUAGUUUUGUCACACUGUGACAAGCAAUGAGUUCCAAGGUGUAGGCUCAGGAGACAAGGUGAAUAUUGAAAGGAUUUUUGUAAGACAGUGGGUCUCUUCCUGAGGUACUACUAUCCAUGGGGGUACCUGGCCUUUCAACAGGGAAUACUUGGGAAGACUCAUGGGCAGCGCAAUAUGUGAUUGGGGGUACAGUAAACAAAAAAGGUUUAGAACCACUGUAGUAGUAAGUAGUAACAGAAAAUCUACACACAAGAACGAUUUAUGACCAUGAUUUACGACCUAAAUGUCAAAGGUCACGUACACGUACGUGUGUAAAGUAGGCCACGUGGAUUAGACACUGGAGGGAUUUUGUUCACUUUAGAAUGUGGGACUAUUCUAAUGAUGAUGUAUGUAUGUACGUACAUACGUAUAUGUUGUAUAUACAGUUGAAGUCGGAA